AUGUGGCUACAAUACGUCAGAAGGGCCGGCCCUCUCGGUCGGCUCUUGACACGGCCACCUUUCCGACCAUCGGCGCCCCCGGAUAGAAGAAUCAGCACAUCUCGAAAUUCCUGCCCUUUAUCUUCCCUCACAACCGUCAAGCAGCCUCGACUGAUCCUAGGCAUCGAGACGUCAUGUGACGACUCCUGCGCAAGCAUCGUCUCGUCCGACCGAACCAUCCUCUCUUCCAUCGUGACCAAGCAAGACCAUUCUUCCACCGGCGGCAUCCAUCCACUCUCGGCUGCACUUGGGCAUCACUCCAACCUCGCCUCAACCAUUGCUGCAGCGAUCGAACAGGCAAGAAUCACGGCAUCCGAUUUGCACGCCAUCGCCGUCACCCAAGGCCCUGGUAUGGCUAGCAGUCUCGGUGUUGGCCUUUCCGCAGCCAAGACGCUGUCAGCUGUGCUUCACAUACCACUAAUUUACGUACAUCACAUGCAGGCACAUGCAUUGACACCGCUGCUUACCGAACCGGAUCCGCCCAAGUUGCCCUUCUUGGUGCUACUGGUCUCGGGUGGGCAUACCAUGCUCGUCUUGGCGCGCAGUGUGACUCACUUUCGGAUCUUGGCGACGACGAGCGACGAUUCCAUCGGCGACGCCUUUGAUAAAGUGGCGAGGGAUCUGGGUAUCCCAUGGACUUCAGCACCCGGAGCAGCGCUCGAAGCGCUGGCGGCAAGAGCAGAGGCCCAUGGUGAUGGUCUCGUCUUUCCGACGCCGUGCAAAGGUCAACCAACUUUCUCCUACUCUGGUCUCAAGGCUGCGGUUCAACGCCACAUUGCAUCUUGCUCACCUGAUGCAAUGGCCGAGUCGGCCAAAUCAUCGAUAGCAGCUGCUUUCCAACGAGCAGCUUGUGCGCAGCUCGAGGACAAGCUAAGCAUGGUGUUGCGACCCUCUCAUGUCAGCCAAGAUUCGCGCCAUCGACCUUUCGCUCGAAUCGAGUUGCUCGACGGCGUGAGCAGCGACGACGUCAAAACAGUCGUUUGUAGCGGCGGUGUAGCGAGCAAUGCUUUCAUCCGAUCUCGGUUGAGAGAGCAUCUCGACCGUCUAGGAAGGACAGAUGUGGACCUACAAUUCCCACCGCUGUCGUUAUGCACCGACAAUGCUGCAAUGAUCGCAUGGGUCGGCCAUCUAAUCUACCACCAGCGAACUCGUGAUUAUACACGUCAUGCAAGGCCCAAGUGGAGCUUGCAAGACAUUCCGCAAUAG